UGCAUAACUUAUCCAAACCGACAGGGGGGUAUGGAGAAAAAAGGCAAGAGAGAGAAGCGAAGAAGAGCCUGGGAAACCGAGCUCCGUUAUAUAAACAGAGACUAGAGAGAGUGGGGAGUACCUUGAGAAAAGGUUGCGGCGGCGGUGACGGUACGGCAAUGGCUUCUCCAGCAAGCCAUGAAAAAGUAUCUCGUUUUCAAGAUCAAUCGUGUCCUCAGCUGCCAAUGUGACAAUUCUCAGAUGGCGAAGUGUGCUCGAGCCGACGUGGGAGCCCUCGCUGGGAAUGGAGGGUUCCGAUUUUGGCCUCUGGUUUCCGCUGCGGUGCUUCGGCGUAAGCUCCUUGAGACUGUGAUGUGCGGCGCAUCGCGUCAGAAGCGACGCCAUUCGCCGGCACCGUCGCCAGCUCUGGCGCCGGUAUCGUCGGAGUCGAGGAGGAAGCAUGGAUCGGAGCGGCUUGCUGAGCUAUUGAUGGCCGAGGCUUCGGAGUCGGGAUCGGAGGAAACGGAAGCAGAGUUUAAGCGGAAAGUCGAAGUUCUAGAAGAGUUAAAGGGCGUGGUUAGGAGACUACAAGAGGAGGAUCACGAUAGGAAGAGAUCGGCGGCGAUGGACGUCCGGCGUCUGGCUAAGGAUGAUCCCGAAGCGAGGGAGACGCUUGCGAUGCUCGGAUCAAUUCCUCCUCUUGUUGGGAUGGUCGAUUCCGACGACCCCGAGGUCCAAAUCACUACCCUCUACGCCCUCGCCAACCUUGGGAUCGGAAAUGACAUGAACAAAGCGGCGAUCGUGAAAGCAGGAGCGAUUCACAAAAUGCUUACCCUGAUCAGCUCCCCUUCUAUCUCCCCUUCUAUCUCUGAAGCCAUUGUUGCCAACUUCCUCAGCCUCAGCGCUCUAGACUCGAAUAAACCCAUCAUCGGCUCCUCCGGCGCCAUUCCCUUCUUAGUAAACGCGUUCAAAAACCCUCACCCUAACCCUAGUUCCACUUUCAAGCAAGACGCUCUCCGAGCUCUCUUCAAUCUCUCCAUUGCCCCCAUGAACGUCUUCAACCUCAUCGACGCUGGACUCGCCGAAUCUCUACUCGCCGCCAUUGGCGACAUGGAGUUCAGCGAUCGCACCCUCGCCAUCCUCUCCAAUCUCGUCACCGUCUCCGAUGGCCGGCGCGCCGUGAGCCGCACGAGGGACGCGUUUCCCAUCCUCGUCGACGUUCUCAACUGGUCCGAUUCCCCUUCUUGCCAAGAGAAAGCAGCUUAUAUACUCAUGGUGAUGGCUCACAAGGGAUACAACGAUCGAACGGCCAUGAUCCAAUCGGGAGUCAUCUCCUCCCUCCUAGAGCUCACCCUCCUCGGUUCCCAACUCGCCCAGAAACGCGCUUCCCGUUUGCUAGAAAUCCUAACCGUCGACAAAGGGAAACAGGUUUCCGAGGGCUUUGGAUCCAUUUCCGCCCCGAUCAAAUCAACGCCAUCAGAUCCAAAAUCAACGGCCGAGAUCGAAGCGGGAAUGAGUGAGGAAAGACGCGCCGUUCGCCAGCUGGUGCAACAAAGUCUACAAAGCAACAUGUGGCGGAUUGUGCGCCGUGCGAACCUCCCCGGUGAUUUUGCGCCGUCCGAUCAUUUCAAGGCCCUCACUUCCAGCUCAACAUCCAAGAGCUUGCCAUUCUGAAACUGCGGGGUCAUCAUUGAAUGAACUUUAGUGCAAGAUGGAGGGAGGAGGUGAGAAGCACGUUGAGGCCCUUGAUGACGCAUCAAAGAGGUACUUCUGGACCCCUCCCAUGUGGUGAAUGGUGAAGUUUUUUGUAAAUUUAGAAUCAGAAUGUGCAGCUCUUUUUCUCUGUUAAGUAUUCAUAUAUAUAUUAUAUAUGGCGUCACAUGCAUCAUGCAUUGUAUGUAAUGGUGGUAAUACCAGUGGACUAAUAGUGGUAAUAGCUGUGUGUGUGUGCUGUAAAUGAGGGAUCUUGGAUGCAUUCAUUUCUUCUAUUCUACUUGUCCUUUUCUUUGAGAGGGGUCCUUGAUUUAGUUGUUCUCUCUUUUGGUGGCAGCUGGACGACUGCCUUAUUAAAUUCUAGCUUGUUUUCUUUUAUUAUUA